GCAAGGGGCUGAGGUGGCUCCACGUCACCGGGGGCGGGGCUGGUGGCGCUAUGGCCGAGAGCAGAGGGGAAGUGGCACCGGUGCGGGCGCCCGGAGCUGCCAAUGGCCAAAAUAAUGGGGCAGGUGGCACUGCCGCGCAGGCCAACAACCCCCUGUCACGGAAGCUGAAUAAGAUCCUGGAAACGCGGCUGGACAACGACAAGGACAUGUUGGAAGCUCUCAAAGCACUUUCAACCUUUUUUGUUGAAAAUAGUUUGAGGACUCGGAGAAAUUUACGUGGUGAUAUUGAACGCAGAAGUUUAGCCAUCAAUGAAGAAUUUGUAAGCAUUUUCAAGCAAGUGAAGGAAGAACUUGAAAGCAUCAAUGAAGAUGUUCAAGCAAUGAGCAGCUGCUGUCAAGAUAUGACAAGUCGCCUCCAGGCAGCAAAGGAGCAGACUCAAGAUUUAAUAGUAAAAACCACUAAACUUCAAGCUGAAAGUCAAAAAUUAGAAAUCAGAGCACAAGUUGCAGAUGCUUUUUUGUCCAAGUUUCAACUAACUUCUCAUGAAAUGAGUCUUCUCCGGGGUACAAGAGAAGGACCAAUUACUGAGGAUUUCUUCAAGGCCUUGGGGAGAGUAAAGCAAAUUCAUAAUGAUGUCAAAGUUCUCCUGCGUACAAACCAACAAACUGCAGGUUUAGAAAUUAUGGAACAGAUGGCUUUGCUUCAAGAAACAUCUUAUGAAAGACUUUACCGAUGGGCUCAAAGUGAAUGCAGAGCACUGACACAAGAAUCAUGUGACAUAUCUCCAGUAUUAACUCAGGCAAUGGAAGCUUUGCAGGACAGGCCUAUUUUAUACAAGUACACCUUGGAUGAAUUUGGAACAGCCAGAAGAAGUACAGUUGUUCGUGGAUUUAUUGAUGCCCUGACAAGAGGAGGUCCAGGAGGUACACCUAGACCCAUAGAAAUGCACUCUCACGACCCUUUGAGAUAUGUGGGAGAUAUGUUGGCUUGGCUCCACCAAGCUACUGCUUCUGAAAAAGAGCACCUGGAAGCACUCUUAAAGCUUGUUACUACACAAGGUGUUGAAGAAAAUAUUCAAGAAGUUGUCGGACAUAUCACUGAAGGUGUGUGCAGGCCUCUAAAGGUUCGAAUUGAACAAGUAAUAGUUGCUGAACCUGGGGCAGUUUUAUUAUAUAAAAUUUCUAACCUCCUCAAAUUUUACCAUCAUACUAUCAGUGGCAUUGUUGGAAAUAGUGCAACUACAUUGUUGACCACCAUUGAAGAAAUGCAUUUGCUUAGCAAGAAAAUAUUCUUCAAUAGCUUGAGCCUUCAUGCAAGUAAAUUAAUGGAUAAGGUUGAACUACCACCACCCGAUCUUGGACCAAGUUCUGCAUUAAAUCAAACGCUUAUGCUGUUGCGUGAAGUUUUGGCAUCUCAUGAUUCUUCAGUCGUACCAUUAGAUGCUCGUCAAGCUGAUUUUGUGCAGGUUCUGUCAUGUGUCUUGGACCCUCUACUGCAGAUGUGUACUGUGUCAGCCAGCAAUUUAGGCACAGCUGACAUGGCCACUUUCAUGGUCAAUUCACUAUAUAUGAUGAAGACAACAUUAGCUCUAUUUGAAUUCACUGACAGACGCCUGGAAAUGCUACAGUUUCAGAUUGAAGCACAUUUGGACACACUUAUAAAUGAGCAAGCUUCUUACAUUUUAACAAGAGCAGGCUUGAGUUACAUCUAUAAUACUGUACAGCAGCACAAACCUGAACAGGGUUCUUUAGCCAAUUUGCCCAACCUAGAUUCUGUGGCUUUGAAAGCUGCCAUGGUUCAGUUUGAUCGUUAUUUGUCAGCCCCAGAUAACUUGCUAAUGCCACAAUUGAACUUUCUUCUAAGUGCCACAGUGAAAGAACAGAUCAUAAAACAAUCUACAGAAUUAGUCUGCAGAGCCUAUGGUGAAGUGUAUGCAGCUGUCUUGAAUCCAGCCAAUGAAUACAAAGAUCCUGAGAACAUUCUACACCGAUCGCCACAACAAGUACAGACACUUCUCUCCUAAUGAUCUUGUUCGAAUGUGUUAGCACAAUGUCACAUACCAAAGGCACUAUAAAAGUUUUCUUGUGUUUUGGUCUAUUUCUUCCCUUUGGAAUUUGAUGGUUAUAGUUUUCUUUGUAUAUAUAGUAGAAUUGCAGUUGCAGCAAUUUCAUUGGUCACAAAAAUGCAUAAGUUAGUAACACCUGUUGACCUGAGUUAUCAUUGCUUUAUAGCUAUUCUGUGUGGAGAUACUUUAUUUUCUAGGUAGCCUCAUCGCCAGCUCUGUAGUCUCCCAUCUAUUUUCCUAUAUAAAUAUGCAGAACAAAAUAGUAUGAAAGGCAUAAGGCUUUUUUUUAUAAUGUUGUAUCUACAUAAUAUAACUAUACUUGAUUUUUUUUUGUCUGAAUAUGAAGAUACAAACCAAUAAAUGUCUUUACCUAAA